CGAACAACAGCUAAAAAUACAACCCACUGAUUCCAUUUUGAUAAACACGCUUACUGGCAAGAAGCUGAAAUUUUUCUCCUGAAAGAUGAGACCUUCCAAUUAUAAUAUAAUAGGACCAAAGCCGACGAACGAAGAAGAUCUGGAGUUCAACAACACAAUUAUCAAUUGUUCCAUCACUCUUCUAGGCCUUAAGACAACCGCCCACUUCUUCUCACGUACUAGCACCUUUAUUCCUAUUUCAAAAUAUAAGAUUGUCAAGAAAGGGUUUACGAAAGGGCCACCACACUGGUAUGGUUGUGAGGAUCAGACAGAAGCAGCGACUUUGAGGUUUCUCGCUCGAAAAACAUCCCUUCCCGUACCUAAGGUCUAUUGCUCCUUUAGACACAAAAAUCAUUUUUACAUUGUCAUGGAAAGGAUACAAGGCGAGACACUUUCAGAGGCCUGGCCGAAGUUAUCCAAAGUAUCCAAGUACGAAAUAUAUGCGCAGUUGCGGGAUAUGUUCCAAGAACUACGUUCCCUCGAGCCUCAUCCGCAUAGAGGAGUGGAAAGCACUACCGCGGGCUCUUUGCGUGACUUCCGUUAUCCCCGCGUUUCCGGGCCUCAGCCACGAUUCGGCAGUUUUCGUACCAUUCAAGAGUUUCAUCGCCAACUCAGAAACAAUUUACCACUGGAAAAACUGCUGGGCUGGAAAGAAAACCAUAACUGGCAGGAAAUCAAAGAGGUGAUUACCAAGCACGAUGGACCUUGGCCUCCACCAGUUUUUACACAUGCCAAUGUGAGCCCGUCGAAUAUUCUUGUACGUGGAGAUAAGGUUGUUGGAAUCGUUGACUGGGAGUUUUCUGGUUGGUAUCCUCACUACUGGGAGUAUACGUCUGCGUGGUUUGGCAAUUCUACGAGGCCAGAGUGGCAAGAUGAACUAGAAGAGUUUCUCGAUCCAUUCCCUAUGGAGUUGGAGAUGGAAACAAUUCGCAGAAAAUGGUGGGGACGGCAUUGAAUUUAGAAAAUGAUGUUUGUAGUAUAUCACAGUGACUCUUUGUACCACUAUUUGAACACGAAGAUACGAGGUAGUCCUUUACCUACCAGGAUAUCUUAUGAAAGUGCUGGGAAGAGAGAGAUUAGAUUUCAAUUUCAGAUAAAUCAUAGUUCAAUCAAAUAGAAAGUAUUGUGGGAAGAGC